AUGCCUCAACAUGGAAAGACGAAGAAUCCCAACAAGCUGGACGACUCAGGAGUUUUCCUUUCGCAGAACUCCAUCAGCAGGUUUCCGGAACAGGCAUCGAAAACGCUCUUCUUCACCGCGACCAGCUAUGACUUCGACUCUCGCUCAGCUGCACCCGAAGAGGGGAAGGGCGAGAACUUCAUGCGUCUCCACGAGAUAGGGCGGAGGGACUGCGAACUGGUUCCGUAUCCGGAGAUCCCGAAUCUGACACGGAGCUCCCAGACCUACAGCAUUUCCUUUGGGCCAAAGCAGUCCACCGACUGGGAGGUCAACAAGUUUGUCAUGGCAGCGAGAAAAGCCACCACGAACUCGGGUGGCCCUGCUCCAGACUAUGGGAUGCGGUCUACGUACCAGGACCUCACGGUGCCGAAGACGAAGUCAGAUCUGGAAAGGUCGCGACCAGCUGCUCUGGAAGGUCCGCCAUUGGAGAAACGCAGGGAGCCUUCUUUGGUGCUGCGGUCGCAGAGCCAGGACAUGCACGGUGGCGAGCAUUCCGGUUUCAAGGCCACUGGUGACAAGUUCCUGCCGAUCCACUGCCUCGACAUCGACAGCAAGACCCGGCGGGACUUCUGGUACUCGAGCUACGGAAAUGAGUUCUUGAACUUCUCUGCCAAGCCCCACAUCGACUCCGUCAAGUGGCGGAAGCGCCAUGGUCAUAAGCUCAUCAAGAGCUUCCUGAAGGAGCUCGGCGCGGACCCGCACGGGACGCGCUCGACUGGAGACCUCCACCGGACGCUUCCUCUGGGCUUGGUAGGAACUGACCAGGAGACCAUGCGAAGACUUGCGGGCAAGCCGGUUUAG